AUGAGGUCGCUUCCACCGCCAAGGUUAACCAGAACAAGAAGAUUCAAACGAGUCAGAAGAGCAUUGAAAAACUUGUGCACCAAGGGUUACAUUUCUGACUUUGGCGUUUUCCAUAAGAGAUGCAUCUAUUCGCGCCAUUUGCACACCAUCAGCAAGAUCCACAUCCUGCCCAUUUUGGCGAGAAUGAAGCGAACUGACUUUAAAGCCGUCCAGUCUGCUACUUGGGGGGUGAUCCUUGCCAGGUGUGUCAGCAGGUUGGUGACAAAAGCCAGCUUACCAGGACUCCGAGAUGACAUCUUGUGGAGAAGAAGCAGGCUCAAUCUUUCAUUGACACUUUGA